AUGGCGGACAAGCCGUUCAAGAUCCUGUACUGCACCGGGAACCACGGGAAGUUCGCGGAGGCGAAGUGCGUCAUCGACGAGUACAACACGCUCGGCGCGGACGUGGACAAGCUUCGAUGGGUCGAGAUCCAGCGCGUGGACGCGGACCCGGUCGAGGUGCAGGGCUCGCAGGUUGAGAUCGCGACGAGGAAGGUGAAGGAGGCGGUGAAGAUCUUCCACGAGACCGGACGCGGGCGGGAAGUCCUCGAGGGCGCGGACUUCCUCGUCACCGAGGACGUCGGCCUCGCGCUGCAGUGCCUGAACGGCUUCCCCGGACCCUACUGCAAGUCCAUGCUCGAGCGCGUCGGACCGGAGGGGCUGUGGAACCUGUGCUCGCGAUACGAAGACCGCUCGUGCCUCGUCACGUGCACGCUCGCGGCGAUCGACCUCCGCGGCGGGAGGUUCCACUGGGAGGAAUCCAUCAAGAACGCGCGGACGUUCGUCGGCGAGCUCGUCGGGUGCAUCAGCGGGCCGCCGCGCGGGAGCGUGAUGCACGGCAAGGCGUCGUGGAACUCGGUGUUCACGCCCGCGGGGUACGACCAGACGUUCGGAGAGAUGUCGUACGCGAAGCAGGCGUCGUUUUCGCACCGGAGGAUGGCCAUCUUGAAGUUCUUGGACGCGUACUGUCCGAGGACGGAAGGACAGUGCAUGGGGGGGAGGAACUACCUCCCGGGGGUGAAGCGCGUGACCGGCGACGACGCGGCGAGGAUACUCGCGGACCGGGAAAGGCAGCAGCGCUCCGUGCCGUUCUGA